AUGGCAACCUUGUUUCCUUCUUCCGGCUGUCAGCUGAUAGUCCCUUGCUUUUGCUUUCCAAAACCUAUUUCGAUUUUCGUAAAGAAAACGUCAGGCACCAUUCAACAUGGGCUCGAAAUACGCGAUCAAGAGCUAGUUAUAGCUGAAAUAUUGCUCUAAUUGUAGUGUUAUCGUUAUUAUAGUUUCAUUUUACAUGUACGUUGUGUAACUCUUCAAUUAGUCGAAAAUGGAUACGUUUAUCACAGGAUACCUCAGUUAUGGCGUUUGUUGAUCACUAAAAAAUUUCGUUCGGUUGAUAAUUUUCUUUAUAUUUGAUGUCCGUUUUUCGUUCGUGAUCGUCUGUUUCGUUCGCGUUUACGUGUUUACUCGAAAUGGUGAAGGAGAAGCCAAAUUCGAUCCGGAUCUACGAUGAGGAAGGUUUCCGACGCCGUGCGGCUUGUAUAUGCGUGCGAUCCGACGCCGAAACGGAGGUGUUGCUAGUGACAUCAUCUCGGCGGCCGGACAACUGGAUAGUGCCGGGUGGCGGCGUGGAGCCCGAGGAGGAGCCGUCAGUGACGGCCAUGCGGGAGGUGCUGGAGGAGGCUGGUGUCAUCGGCAAGCUUGGCCGCUGUCUCGGCGUCUUUGAGAACCGCGAACACAAGCACCGUACCGAAGUGUACGUGAUGACGGUCACCCAAGAACUGGCCGAGUGGGAGGACGCGCGCCUCAUGGGCCGCAAGCGGCAGUGGUUCUCCAUCGACGACGCGCUGGCCCAGCUGGCGCUGCACAAGCCCAUCCAACGGCACUACCUGCAGCAGCUCCGACGCAGCCGGAAGCCGGACCCCGACGGGAGCUAAGCGGUGUGCUGACAGGUUUUUGUGAUGUUCGCUGGCGCCUCCCGCGGCACGACACAUUCUAACCUUCGACUCAAGAUAACUUGACACUAGAAUAAGAAAUGCUGUUCGUUGUCCUUUCUUUAAAAUCCAUAAAUUCCAUUUUAACCUUGUGAGGUCCCAUGUCUGGAACAUGAAUUUGGACUCUAUACAUACCGUGCUAAAGUUAAAAUUUGUCUGAAAAAGAUGACGUCAGCGGACUCGGAAUUUUAAGUUUGAUUUAUAUUUAUCAUACCUGCCUACUAAAAGUGAUACAUUUUAAUGUCCGUCUCCUAUACUGUUUUUCAGCAUUAUAAUGCACUUCGCAGAAGUACUUUAUUUAUUUAAAACUUAAUACACAAAAUAUUUUUAAAAAAAUGGCGGACUUGCGUAAAGGCAUUUUGUACCAAUCAUUAUAAGAUAUUAAAUAUAGGUAUUAGAACGGCUCACUCACGAAUUAAAGUCUAAAAUCGCUCGACAUGUUUCACUCCGUGUCGAGUAGCAUUAUCGGGAGCUCGUUUUAAUUUAUUAGUCUUAAAAUAUCAAAUGUCUUGAUAUCUUGUAACUUGUAAGGUUAGAAUGGGACGGUCCCGGGAGGCAUAACUUUCGCAUUAUACAUUGUAGAUGCCGCAUAUUUUUAUCUUCUACAAUACUAUUUUAGCAGUGUUGGCUUUCGAUUUGUCCUAGUUUUACACCAAUAAUUGUAUUUAUUAUAAUCAUAACAUCUAUUUUAUUUAUGAAUAGUAAUCAUUUCAAACAGGGCUUAAAGUAUGGGCUUAAAGUCGUAUAAAUAUUUAUGACACUUUGUCCAUGUCCGUACACUGAUCGAGGCGCCUCGAGAGGAAAUUGCUGCGCGAGGCAACUCGGUCUGUGAAAAUGCCUCGCCCGAGUUAUUUCGGUGCGUGCGUUUGUGUGCGUGCCUAUUUAAGAGAAAAAUGCUGAAAUAAGUUUCACUAGAUGUCGCUUCUACAUCGAAUGAUACUCCCAUAAGCUAUGUCCACACUGUGCCUUUUUUAUAAACAUAAACAAGCGCCAUAUGUAAAAACAACUCAAACAUUUCAUAAAUAUUAUCUAAGCAACCUUCAAGACGAGUACCUAAGUGAAAUAUAAAUUGCGAAGUUCUUGGCAAAAAUGAGACCUUACUUGGGUCCGUUUGACUAAUGUCACCUGUCAAAUGGCCCGUAACUGACAGGCGCUAUAGUCGUGCACAUAGCCCAUUGGUGAGUGACGUUUAUGGAUAUUACGAAUGCAGUGAAAAGGUCAAAACUCUUUAUUUAAGUAAGGAUAGAUCCCUAAGCCAACACUAUCAUAAUCGACCGCUAUAGGGAUGGGUAUGAGACUAUUGUUAUUUUAUUAAGGCGCCCAGUAGCCAUACCAUGAGUUGACGUUUACGUUUAGCAACUGCAUUAACUCGAUCGCAGUCCAUCUCGCUCUCACUGAUGUAUUGGUGCGAUCGAGUUCACGCAGAUGCUAACGUCAAUGUCAAACGCCAACGCGGUAGCCGUGCUGUUUGUAUUGAUAUACUGUCCUAUAUGAAUGACAAAAAUGUAAUUUUAAUGUAAAAUUAUCAUAGCAUGAAUGAACAUUUAUACUGUAAAUUAAGACAAUUUUAAUCGACUGACUUUAGAUCUGUUCCAUGUUUUAUUAUACAAAUGUACUUCUUCAUUUAAUUAGUUACUGGAAUUGUAUUCUUCAGACAUUCACAAGUUAUUUUAACUCAUAAUAGGGCAGUAUAAAAGUUAAAAUGUAUCCUUAUUGUACUAUUAAUACAACUGCAAGAAACCAUAGACUUCAUAAUUAUGUAGUAUCUCGCAAUAAAUUAACAGCAAUUUUAUUGUCUAUUUAACAAUAGAAAAUAUUCAGUUGCCACUCGUUCUUAAAAUGCCACAUCCGCAAAAUACAAUGCAUUCUUUAAUGUCUGUCGCAACAACAUAUCAACUUUAUCAAGCUUAUGAAAUGUAACUGUUUCAAUUAAAUGUGUCUGUAUUGUAACGGUUGUGCAUAGAUUCAGCUGAAUCCUAUAAAAUUGCCCCGUGUAAAAACUGAAUCUACAAAAAAAAACAAUCAUAGAACUUGCUCACAAAAUUUCACGAGAACCAGUUGAGAAUGGCGAGUAGUAGAGGAAAACAUCCGGACAUACGCAAGCAUUUUUGCCCAAGCUCAAACGGAGACCUACGCUAACGCUCGGUCAAUUAAAAGACCAAUGAAGGCUUUGAGAUACCUAGAGAUAAAAUAAAAUAGCAAAUGGCACGAGUUGUGUACAGAUUUAUGAGCUGCUUGUUCACUUUCAUAUGUCUGAAUGUAACUGCAUUAUCCAAAACGAAAGGAACACUUGAAAUGUCGGGUAAAAGAUGACAGAAACAUCAGAAAUUUUGUUAACAUAUUUUUUAUAUUGAGGAAAUGUGGCAUAUUGUGAAAUCGUUGCAAACUUAUCAACCUUUUACUGGUAGAUUCACGAAAACUGUUCAGAACAGAUUGAAUGACAAAUUCAGUUUCAUUUUAUUUGUGGCAGAUUCGUAAAAUUACAUAUAAACAUGCAAUGCGUUCUAUCCCAUUCAAACCACGUUUUUGUUAUUUUUCAUAUGACAAUUAAAUUUUUACAUAUAUGUAUCUCUAAUGAAAUUAAAUGUGGAAUCAGUCUGACAUUCACAUUGGCCUGUCACUGGUUAGGUUAGGUUACCGGACUGUAACUCGGCUAGGGGACUUCAGCGAAAACGGUGAACUUAUGGUCAACGAAAUAAGGAUCACUGUUGGACGCGUUCGACGAGUUUGUUAGAGAAAAUUGACAACGCGCGCGUAGAAAUUUGAGAUUUUUAGCUUUUUAAUUGACAACCCUAAAGAAAGAUGUCAUGCUCCUUGUCAACCCCACUUUUCGUUUUGAUUAUUCUUUUAAUUGGCAAGUUAGUAUCAGUUCUACUCAGUGUACAUACUCAAAACCUCUUGUACCUUGAUAGAUUGAAUGUGUGAUCAAAAUGAAUUUGGGGUUGCUAUGGAUCUCUCGCCAACAACCCAACAUUUUUUAUGCCAAUCUUAACUUUUUCGUAAGGGUCUGGAACCAUGUACGCUCUGAUACAUUAUUCAAUUGCAUUUCGGAGUGCUGAAUUGUCAUUGAAAAAUAAAACUUAGUAGGGUUGCCAAGUAGAUUGACAUUAAGCUAGUGCUAGCGGAUUUGGUAUUUAUUUUUUAGAUAUUAGAGCUCAUUUUUAAUGUUUUUUGCGCGCGAGUUGUUACUUUUCCACAGUAACUUUGGCGGUAGAUCAUCGCUAUGAACACUUCUUUUCUAUUUUUACGUAUAUUUUUAUACUACGAUGGAAUAAAUGUUAAUUUUAUUUUGUUAGCAUUAAAACGAAAAAGACAUCGCCGAUAUUUUUAUUUAAAUGAAAUCUUGUUUUUUUUUUUUAAGUAUCCUGGUAUAGUUUUAAUAAUAAAUUUAUAUUGCUCUUC